CUGAGGGACGUGUCAGGCCACGGUUUCCAGCACUUGGAAGAGGACGGGCGUGAGCAACCAUGGCCUGGGAGAGUCUCUCGGUACCUCGGCUUGAGGGCGUUUCGCAGGAACGGUUCCUGCAGCACCUCUACCCGCAGAGAAAACCCCUAGUGUUGGAAGGAAUUGAUUUGGGGGCAUGUACAAGCAAAUGGACAGUGGAUUACCUGAGCCAAGUUGGAGGGAGAAAAGAAGUAAAGAUUCAUGUUGCUGCAGUUGCCCAGAUGGACUUCAUUAGUAAGAACUUUGUAUAUAGAACUUUACCUUUUGAUAAGUUGGUUCAGAGAGCAGCUGAAGAAAAGCAUGAAGAAUUCUUUAUUUCAGAGGAUGAGAAGUACUACUUACGGUCACUUGGGGAAGACCCUAGAAAGGAUGUUGCAGAUAUCAGAAAGCAGUUUCCUUUACUGGAAGGAGAUAUUAAGUUUCCAAAAUUUUUCAAAGAGGAGCAGUUCUUUUCCAGUGUUUUUCGAAUUAGCUCACCAGGAUUACAACUUUGGACCCACUAUGAUGUAAUGGAUAACUUCUUAAUACAAGUGACAGGAAAAAAGCGUGUUGUACUAUUCAGUCCUCGAGAUGCCCAGUAUUUAUAUUUAUCAGGUACUAAAUCAGAAGUACUGGAUAUAGAUAACCCAGACUUAGCUAAAUAUCCACUGUUUUCCAAGGCUAGAAGGUAUGAAUGUUCCCUUAAAGCUGGAGAUGUAUUAUUCAUUCCUGCUUUAUGGUUCCAUAACGUAAUUUCUGAAGAGUUUGGAGUGGGAGUGAAUAUCUUUUGGAAGCACCUUCCAUCUGAAUGCUAUGAUAAAACAGAUACCUAUGGAAACAAAGAUCCUACAGCAGCAUCAAGAGCUGCACAAAUUUUGGACAGAGCUUUAAAAACACUGGCUGAAUUACCAGAGGAAUACAGGGACUUCUAUGCACGGCGAAUGGUCUUACACAUUCAAGAUAAAGCUUAUAGCAAAAACUUUGAGUAAAUAAUGAAGUGAAUGCGAUGAAUAUAAACUUUUAAAUACAAUUCAGCUCAAAUACUGGAAAAAUAUAACCACAUAUAAAUUA